GAAUGCCCCGCGUACACAUUUCUCGAACCAUUAAUUCUAACUCUCAAAGAAAAUAAUCUCACCUCAGCAUACUGAAUAUAAAAUCUAUUCAUUGAAGGAAAACAGCUUUUGCAAAAUAUAAAAGAAGCACAUUUAUCUAAAUAUGUCGGCCUUCUACAUAGAAAACCAGAACGUUGGCCAUAAGGAGAGUACUGAGGAUUGGCGCAUUCGAGGAUACAACCCAUUGACGCCUCCCGAUCUCCUCCAGCAUGAAAUUCCUCAAACCCCAGAAUCCAAAGAGACCGUUUUGAAGGGUCGCAAUGAGUCCGUCGAUGUUGUGACUGGCGCAGACAAGAAUGGCAGGUUACUGGUAGUCAUCGGUCCAUGUUCAAUUCACGAUCCUGUCGCUGCGCUCGAAUAUUGCGACAAGCUCGUAGCUCUUAAGAACAAAUACCAAGAUGAUCUUUUGAUUGUCAUGCGCUCUUACCUUGAGAAACCAAGAACAACUGUUGGCUGGAAGGGACUCAUCAAUGAUCCUGAUAUCGAUAAUAGCUUCAAGAUUAACAAAGGGUUGAGAAUCAGCAGGCAAUUGUUCGUGGAUUUGACUGCGAAGGGAAUGCCAAUUGCUAGUGAAAUGUUGGAUACUAUUUCACCACAAUUCUUGGCAGAUUUAUUGAGCGUUGGAGCUGUUGGAGCUAGAACAACUGAGAGUCAAUUGCAUAGGGAAUUGGCUAGUGGAUUGAGUUUCCCAGUUGGUUUCAAGAACGGUACGGAUGGUAGUCUUGGUGUAGCUAUCGAUGCAAUUGGUGCUGUACGACAUCCUCAUCACUUCCUUUCAGUUACCAAGCCUGGUGUCGCUGCCAUUGUUGGUACAGUUGGAAAUGAAGAUUGUUUCGUCAUUCUCAGAGGUGGUACUAAGGGUACUAAUUAUGAUGCAAAGAGCAUUGGGGAGGCAAAAGCUGCACUUGAGAAGAAUGGUGUCAGACAAAGAUUGAUGGUUGAUUGCAGUCAUGGAAACUCAUUGAAGAAUCACAAGAAUCAGCCAAAGGUUGCAUCUGUGUUGGCUGAACAAAUUGCCGCAGGAGAGGAUGCCAUUAUGGGUGUUAUGAUUGAGAGCAACAUUAAUGAAGGCGCUCAAAAGGUUCCCAAAGAAGGAAAGUCCGGUCUCAAACAUGGUGUCAGUAUUACUGAUGCUUGCAUCGGAUGGGAUGAUACCGAGUCGGUUCUUGAAGAGCUAGCAAACGCUGUUAAGCAAAGAAGAGAGCUCAAGAAUGGUUCAAAUGGGAACUGAAGGACAGGAAAUCAGAUGGAGUAGUUGGUUGUUAGGUUGGAAUUGGGGCGCAUAUAACGAGCAUAGUCAUAGUAUCCUUCUUCAGUAAGGAGUUAUUGGGUUGUAAAAAGAAUGGUUAUCUGAAUAGUUACAUGUUGCAAAGCAAUGGAUGGAUAUAAAUAUUUUUGCAUUCAAGUUGUGGUAUAAUUGAUUUGGAGUGAAAAGACCAAUCAUGAUUUGCCUAAUGUAAUUUGUCAGCAUCAAAGUGCAAAUGUUAUAUCAGAGCAAAUGAUAAAAUCCAUAAUAGCUUGGAAAAUAAUCCAAAAUUUCGAUAUAAAGUAUAUCUUCAUUGCAAUGUAGAAAUAGCAUGAUGAACUUCCA